CUUCAUUUCUCAGAUUCUCCCACUGUUGAACCCCGACUCCAGCUUUCUACCUGCUGGGCUCCUGUUUGCCGCUGCUUGUCUGGGUGUGCUGAGCGAUGAAGAUCCCUCUGUGGUGCUUGGUGGUGCUGCUGGCAUGUCUCUUCACCCCUGGACGCAGUGACUGCCAGGGCCAAUGUGCGGCCUGCAGUAUGCUCCUGCAGCAGCAGCAACAGCUGCAACAAGCCUUCAACACCAUGAUGUGUUUGUUGGAGUGCGAGGGUCACGUCUCUGCCUCGUUCACAUGGGAGGUGUGUAAACGUGCCGUCAAACUGUCCCACCAUCCUCUGUUUCCUGAGGGGGGCGCUCUGUUCAAGAGAACAGGAGAGGAGCUGGAGUUGACCCCUCUUGACCUGAACACUGACGGUGAACUGCUGCAGUCCUCAGCCGCAGAGCGUUUCCAGGAAGGGGAUCAGGAUGAGAUACCGCUCAAGCAGCGCAGUGUCCAGUAUGACUCAUCACUGCUGGAAUCCUCUGAGGACGGGGAGGGCCUGCAGGGUUUGGAUCUCAGUCUGGUGGAUGAAGAGAUGAAGUUGAGGGAGGAGAGGAACGUCGGGAGCGACAGCCAGCUAGAGGUGGAUGAGGAUGACAGCUCAGAGGCUGCUGUCGCCUUAUCCAAGCGCUUUGGUGGCUUUCAGAGAGGGCGCCACGGAUACAGGAAGCUCAUUGGCUCACCCAUGAGGCCCCUACAAAAGCGCUACGGCGGGUUCAUAGGCGUCCGGAAAUCUGCCCGCAAAUGGAACAGUCAGAAACGUGUGAACCAGCUGCUCAGACAGUACCUGGGCAUGAGGAGCAGCCGCAGCGGCAGGUUCAACAACGUCCCUGUAACUCGGGUCUGGAGGCAAAACAAACUGUGAUGUGUUUCUGUUGCUCUCACAGAAUCCGGCCCCAGUUACCUCAACCAAUCAAUCAUGUUUUCAACAGCUCCCUCCAGUUUGAACUGUGACAUCACCACCACCAACACCAUCAUCAUCAUCAGAAGAAGAACAGACUUCGCCAUCUCGCUCAACCUCUUUUUGUGUCUCUAAAUAAGGAAUGUUUUGACUGUGAUGUCCUUCCUAUUGAGCAUAUUUACAUGCCGUCCUGUCAAAAUAAAAGAAUACGAGAAGUGCAAUUGAAUAUAUUUUUGUGUGUUUGUAUAAUAAAAGGGCCCAAAUGAGAUUGGAAAACUGGUUCAGUGCAAGGUUUGUCAGAUGUGACAUUUUAAAUCAUGUUGAAUGCACUUUCAUGCAUGUGUGGACAGGUCGUUUCUUUGCACUCUGUAGUUAUGGGAACCAUAACUGAUGUCCGGCUGUCCCGCUCAUAUUAAAUGGACUUAUGUUUCAAUAUAUAGGUUUUCCAUAUUUUAAAUGGCAAGUUUACGAUCUGGCACCAAACAAAU